AGCUGCCAAAAUGAACAUUGUCGCCUACUUGAUGUACAAAGACCGUCAAUACAAAGUACCUGUAAUGUUUGCCGCAAUCAAAAUGACACAAGCAUACUAAAAAUCUUAUCGGAUAGAAUGUGUUUUCCUUUUGGAAACAUUUUAUGAAUAGUUUGACAUUUCUUUUCACACUAAUUCAAUAUUCAAUACUAAUUGUAUUUCGAUGGAUGUGAAGUUUUAAUUCCUGACAUUUUUGAAGUUUGAACAUCUGACCUGUGGAGACUCCCCUAGCUAUAAGCCCUGCCCCUGGUGAUGACAUCAUCAAUCUUUCUUUCAGCCGCUGGUCAGCGUGAGAUUAGGGAUUUAAACCUGCAGAGAACCUUCACCUCUCCACACACAAGGAGAAGAAGAAAAUGGCUGACUCCACCAGCAGCAGUCACUCUGACUCUUCAUCUUCAUCCAACAACUCCUCUUCUUCCUCCUUCAAAGACUCCACACAUUCAGCCUUGCAGCUUUUCCGCUGGAAGGAACCAAAGAAGUCGUUGGUGGCGUUCGGCUUGUCGCUGCUGGUUCUCGUCUCUGUGGCAACGCUUUCUGUCAUCAGUGUGGUGUCAUACCUGCUGCUGACCUGUCUCUGUGUCACCAUCACCUUCAGGGUUUACAAAUCUGUUAUCCAGGCCGUCAAGAAAUCAGACGAAGGUCACCCGUUUAGGUCUCUGUUGGAGAUGGACAUGUCUGUAUCCUUGGAGUCCGCCCAGCUGCUAACCGAACGGUCUUUGAUUCAUCUGAACUGGUUAAGCAGUCAAACCAGGAGGCUCCUACUGGUUGAAGACUUGGUUGACUCAUUGAAGCUGGCUGCUGUCAUGUGGAUCAUGACGUAUGUUGGAGCCAUUUUUAAUGUAGUCACCAUCCUCAUCCUCGCUGACAUCAUGUUCUUCAGCACUCCUCUCAUCUACCAGACGAAAAAGGAACAGAUUGAUCGGUACAUUGAGUUGAUAAAGUCCAGAAUGGAGGAGAUGCGGCAGAAGAUGAAAGAUAGGUUACCUGGAGCUGUGGGAAGAACCAAAGCUGAAUGACCAAUCACACUAAUACGCUGAUGUCUUCUCUAAUUUGUCGGUUUAUCAUUGAUUCUCCUGCUGUAAUAAAAUCCUGACUCACAGCC